AGAUAGGACCAGUGGGCAGAAAGUGCUGAACUUUUGCUGCAUGAAGCUGGUGGUUAUAUGCUUAGUGCUCAAGGGGGAGCGGGUGUGCAGGGAGUAUUAGAUUAUAAAUGUCUUCUUCGAAUUUCUACGUUCACAAGAUUUCUUUGGUGAUUAUCAUUCAUUUCCAUAUUAACUAUCAGUGAGAUUUACAGGCAGUCAUGACACCCUUUAAGAAUGUAGCCACCAUCACAUAUUUGAUCCUUAUUGAAACUAUGCCGGCUAUAGGUAAGCCUUUCAGGCUAAAGGUGAACAUUUUUCUGCCUCUAUCCCGCAUCAAAAGGACAGACAGGCAGACCAGUUAGCUGCAACUGACUGUUCAAGCAAGAAUUGCUGAGAAUCUGAAUUUUAAGGGCAGUGGAAAUAGCGAAGACAAUUUUGUGGGGUUCCUCAGAUGGGGACUGCUUAAAAUAAGAAUUCUCUCCUCCCCCUCUGCUAUUUUCUAACUUGGAGGUUUGCGUUACAAUAUUAAGCCCGAUCCCCCUUUCCCUCAGAUUUUUGUUUCCCCAGAUUGCGAAGGGUCGUGCAUCAUUCGUUCUCAGUCGUCUGCUCUGCACCACAAUCUCCCCUGGUGUCCAAACAGCUCUCUUCAAAGCCUCUUCUGUGCUUGGGUUUUUGGUCCGGAAGUGGGGGAAGGAAGCAGAGGUAACUAAGCGGGCCAGAGGUCUCUGGAUAUAAUAAAAGUGUCGUCACCAGCGGUUAAAUGCGACAGUUGGUAGGACCCCAGCGCACCCAGCGAAUCCCGCCUCCUGUAGCGGCGCCUGGAGGGGCGGGGCGGGGGCGGGGGCCUGGGGCAGGGCCGCAGCCUGAACCGGCGGGGAGGGGCGGGGCUGGGGGAGGGGUUUUAGCCUGAGCCCGAGUGGUACCUUCUCCUACUGAGUGGGUUGGAGCUGGAGGCGGGUUUGGUUUGGGAGGGCGAGGUUUUGAGACCAUGCCCAAGUCGCAGCCAAAGACUGCAGGUUUUCUGCUUCUGCGACGUCAGAGUUAGGGCAGGGCCAGGGGCGGAGUUUUAAGCACCGUUCUCGGGCUCUUGUUUCUGAUUGAACCCAGCGGGUCCUGGGGCGGGUCCUGAGGCGGGUCCUGGGGCGGGUCCCACUUGGCUUUUGACAGCUCUCUCAAAGCCGCAGCCUAGUCCGGUGGGUUCGGGAACCAGUAGCCCCGCUCUCCGCGCGUCCCCGUCCCCCCGUGGCCCCGGCCCCCGCCAUGAAGCGCUUCUUCUCCUGCUCCAGCUCACAGGUGGCGGUGGAGAGAUGGAACCGCCGUGAUCAGAAGCUGCUGGAGGCGGUGCAGCGGGGGGAUGUGGGGCGCGUGGCAGCCCUGGCCUCGAGGAAGUUGGCCCGACCCACCAAGCUGAACUCAAACGGCCAGUCCCCGUUCCAUUUGGCAGCCUCCAAAGGCCUGACAGAAUGUCUAACUAUACUGCUGGCAAACGGGGCUGACAUCAACAGCAAGAAUGGGGACGGAAGCACUGCCCUGCACCUGGCCACCAUCUCUUGCCAGCCACAAUGUGUCAAAGUCCUGCUGCAGCAUGGUGCCAAUGAAGAUGCUGUGGAUGCAGAAAAUCGUAGUCCGUUGCACUGGGCAGCCUCCUCUGGCUGUGCCUCAAGUGUGCUCCUGCUGUGUGACCAUGAAGCCUUCCUGGAUGUCCUAGAUAACGACGGACGGACACCCCUGAUGAUUGCCUCGCUGGGUGGUCACACAGCUAUCUGCUCACAGCUACUGCAGAGAGGUGCCCGAGUUAAUGUCACAGACAAGGACGACAAAUCGGCUCUGAUCCUGGCCUGUGAGAAAGGCAGCGCGGAGGUGGCCGAACUGCUCCUGAGCCACGGAGCGGACGCAGGGGCAGCGGACAGCAUGGGGCACCACGCUCUGCAUUAUGCUCUCCGCACACAAGACGGGGUGCUGUGCCGGCUACUGCGGCAGGCUCUGAACCGGCGGGGGCAGCGGGGAGGUCAGGGGUUUGUUCAACAUCCAGAUCUUGCCUCCCAGGCCUCUCCAUCUGAGCCGCGGUUGGGUUCUCCACCUAAGAGCCCGGGGAGAGCCGAGCCCCAGGAGGAGCAGGAGGAAGAGGAAGAGGAAGACCCACACUCAGAUGAGUGGAAGUGGAGGUAUGAAGAGGAGCAGAGAAAGGUUUCUCAGUUGGAGCAGGAGCUAGUGCGAAAGACUGAAGAGGCGAAGGCUCAAGCCGCAGCCUACCUGGGCCUGGAGAACCAGAUUCGAGAGCAGGUGCAGGAGCUGGGGCUCCUCCUGUCUCAAGAGCCUGGAGCUCCGGGAGGGCCGGGCUCUAGGGCCCGGCCCGGGGGAGACGGCAUGGAGCAGGGCUGUCCCUUGGGCCUGCUGGCCGAGCGCAUUCAAGAGCUAAGGAAGCAGCAGUGGGCAGCCAGGCUGGUAUCAGCGUCUAAGAAGGCUGAGGAUUCAGUCUCAGGGGCGACUCAGCAUGAAGGCUGCGGAAGGUUCCAGCCAGAAGACCAAGAGGCACCCCAGAGCCCAAGGUGUGAGACCGCUGGGAGAGCCACAGGACAGCAGCUGAGCAGCAGUGGGGGACAGGCCCCAGGGCCUGAGCAUACUGACAAGCCCCUGGCCGGUCAGAAAGAGAGGCCCCAGGCGCCAGGGGCUGACCCGACGGGAGCAGUGGCCGAGCCGGGGGCAGCCACAACCGGGCUCCUGCUACAACUGAGUGAGGAGCUGGCUGCCGUGUGGCGAGAAAAGGAUGCUGCCUGGGGGGCUUUGUCCAGACCCGUCCUGGAGGGGGCUCUGGGCACGCCGCGGGCUGAGGCGGCAGCAGCUGCCUGGGAGAAGAUGGAGGCCAGGCUGGAGCAGGUGCUGGUGAGGCUGGAUCGGGCAAAGGCAGGAUUACAGGCCCCUGCCCAGGAGCCCCGACCGGGAGCCCCAAAGGCAGGCCCAGCGACCCUCCCCAGAGAGAAUGAAGGGAGGGAGAAGAGGGCUCCUGGGGCCCGCGGAGAGCCUCUGGGGGCCCCUGGAGGGGAACGGAUGCCCGGAGGAGGUCCGGCAAAGGGACAGCUGGAGAAGGAGGUGGCAGCCCUGAGGCGGAGCAACGGCAACUUGCUGGAGGAGCUCGGAGAGCUGGGGCAGGAGAGGCAGCGGUUGCAGGGGGAGCUGCAGUCCCUGAGCCAGCGGCUACAGCGGGAUUUCGUUCCCAAGCCAGAGGCGCAGGUCCAGCUGCAGCAGCUGCGGCGGAGUGUGGGGCUGCUGAUGGAUGAGCUGGCCAUGGAGAAGGAGGCCACCGAGAAGCUGCGGAAGCGCCUGGCCUCCCAGAGCAGUGGCCUCCAAGGGCUGUGGGACUCCCUGCCGCCAGACCUGGUGGGCAAGGGGGGCGCGGGGCGCGCGGCGGCGGAGCGCCUGGAGGAGCUGCAGGCCGGCAUCGGCGCCCUGGUGGAGCGGCACCGCGAGGCCCGGAGGGCGCUGGCUCGCCUGGAGGAGGAGAACCAGCAGCUGCGGGGGCCCCCCGCCCCACGCGGGCAGCCGGGCACCUUGUCGGAGGCCCCAGCACCCCCCCAGGUGGCCGCUCUGGAGCAAGACCUGGGGAAGCUGGAGGAAGAGCUGAGGGCCGUCCAGGCCACGAUGAGCGGGAAAAGCCAGGAGAUCGCGAAGCUGAAGCAGCUGCUCUACCAGGCCACCGAGGAAGUGGCCGAGCUGCGCGCCCGGGAGGCGGCCGGCCUGCGGCAGCACGAGAAAACUCGGGGCUCGCUGGUGGCCCAGGCCCAGGCUUGGGGCCAGGAGCUGAAGGCUCUGCUGGAGAAGUACAACGCGGCGUGCCGGGAGAUGGGGGCGCUGCGCGAGGCGGUGGCUGAGGAGCGCCGCCGCAGCGGGGACCUGGCGGCGCGCGCCGCCGAGCAGGAGCGCCAGGCCGCCGAGAUGCGCGCGCGCUCCCAGCAGUUUGAGAAGACCGCCGAGCAGUUCAAAGACAAGGUGGACCACCUCAUCGCGGCUUGCCGGGACAAAGAGGCCAAGAUCAAGGAAUUGUUGAAGAAGCUGGAGCAACUUUCAGAGGAGGUCUUAGCAGUUCGGGGAGAAAAUGCUCGCCUUGCCCUGCAGCUGCAGGAUUCCCAGAAGAACCACGAAGAGAUCAUCUCCACCUAUAGGAACCAUCUGCUGAAUGCGGCUCAGGGCUACAUGGAACAAGACGUGUACAAUAUCUUGCUGCGCAUCCUCAGCAUCCAGGCGGAGUGAGGCAGCCGGUGCCCUGAGGGACGUGCGAGUUCUCUUUGGGAGUAAGAGCGUCCCUGGUUGCCAGAGGCUCCACCAGGCUGUGGAGGAGGGCGGGGCGGUGGGGGGAGGUGGUGGGGAUGGGGGCGUGGGGUUUCACCUGACAUUAUGGACCGCAGACCUGAGAACCUGAAGCCUGGAAUCAGCACUGAUGAGACCAGAGGAGGUGCACAUGGAGGCCAGCUCUAUGGAAAUAAAGGAGACAGUGUGGUG